CUAGGCGCAGUACUCAGUACAAACUACAAACAAUGACUGGGCUAAGGAGAUAGGUUUACGGACCAUUAAAGCUAAAAGAGCAUCCUUUGCGCUAAGUUCAUGAAAUCCAAAGUAUUUUCCAAAAAGACCAAAGCAAGACUUUACACGACAUUAAUAAGGCCUACACUCCCAUAUGCCAUAUGGGUGCGAGGCAUGGACUACCACUAUAGUACUACCAUAGAACAAUAUACUACUGAAAGAAAACUUAGAACCUUUGAGAACAAAAUUUGGAGGGCAAUAUGUGGACUGGUCCAAUGAUAUGAUGAAGAAGGAACAUGGGUUAAGGACGAUGGACCAUGGUCUCAUCACGAUAUAUCUUAAAUCGUGGGUCUCUAUGGAGAUUGGAGAAGUCGAGAAGAAAGUACAACAAAGAACUAGAAAUGGCGGCAGACUUCGAUGAUAAUAUAGAAAUGAUAAGAAAGAGACGGCUAUCUAUUUUUUUUUAUAGGUCUAUGGUUGUAGGUGGUUGUAGUUGUUCUAUGUCUAUGAUUCUAUGUAUUCUUAUCACUAAAAUUUGAUUAAACAAGUUUAUUAAAAAACACAUUCAUUUAAAUAUAAAUUUAAAAUGAUUUAAUUUUUUCUUUUUGCUAACGAGUGAUGAACGACUUGAACAAAGACGUUAAAGUUGUAUCAAAAAUUCAAAAUCAAAGUAUAACAUUCACGUUUUUUAGUAAAAUUAUUUACACCGUGUAAAUGAGAUUUUUUAAUGCUACUUUAUUUCCUACAAAAAUAAUAAAAAUUAUGCCUAAAAAAAACACAAAACAGGUUCAAGGAAAACUAGAGACUGUUCAGACUGGACCUAUAACAGUAGACAAAUCGGGUGAUGUUGUUAUUAAAAUAAACGCCAAACCUGGUGCUAAAAAUAAUAACAUAACAGAUAUAAGUUCUGAUGGCAUUGGUGUUCAGAUAAAUGCACCUCCGACUGAUGGUGAAGCUAAUGCAGAAUUAAUAAAAUAUCUUUCGAAGGUAUUGGGUUUGAGAAAAAGCGAUUUAAGUUUAGAUCGAGGUUCAAGAUCGAGAAAUAAAAUUUUAAUUGUGCACAAUACUUCAUUAGGCAUAGAAGGGAUCACUGAAAAAAUUAACGAAGAAAUUAACGAUAAAUAAUAAAAUAUGAAACUUAAAAUGGAUGGUAAAAUAAGUAAGUAUUAAUAUAUAAUUGAAAAGGGACAAGGUGGCAGACUGGUAUAAAUGUAUUAUUAUCACAAUUAUAUAUAACAUCUAUAAUGAAUGUCUAAUGGACCAAAAUUUUUAUAUGGAAUGCAAUCAUUUGCCAAAUUGUUAUCUGUCUUAAUUGAAACCAACCAGAACAACAUACAUAACAGACCAAAUUGUUUUCAAAUGUACUCACUAUGUAAAUAAGUAUACAAUAUUUCAUCUCAGUUAUCCCACAAAUUAUACUAUCAGUUAUUAAAUUACUUAAAAUUAAAUAUUGUAUUAUUAUAGAAAUUAUAAUUUAAUAUAAUACUUCCUAGUCAAGUGCCACUAAUGGGUGCCUUCUUAUUCCUAUUUUCAUCUAUUUUUGUUCUGUCACCACAUACACUUAUCGUGGUAAAUAGUAAAUAUUGUGCAUAUCUUAAUAAGAAUAAUAAUAAAAAAAUAUAUAUAAUAUUUAUAUUUAUUUAAUUUUUUUGGUUUAGCCAGUGGCGUCGAACCUAUAACCUAAGAGGGGCGACCACCCCCUUUUUUUGGUGGGUGGGGUCGUGGAGGUCCGUAGGUACCCCAACAGAUUAUUUAUGAAUUAUAUUCUUAACUCCUAAGCUAUUAAUGUAUACAUAUGCAGCAAAAUUUUGUAAAUAGGGGUGGUGGUCCGUAUAACUUUUUACUUCCCCCCCCCCCUAGUUUAGCUAUAAAUUAAUAUCAUUUUCAUGUAAUAUAUUACUAUAUUUGUUUAAUUUAAUUAUUCUUGGCAAUUGUAUAGUUUAGAUGAGCGGGAGUCGUGCGGAGAUGAUGAAUGUCUUGAUGUUAAAAUUAUGUACCUAUUGUUUUUUGUUGUUUGACCAUGUAUUAGAGCAAUGAAAAUGCUUCAAUUUUCCAAUUCAAUAUUAUUUUUGGUAUCAAAUUGAAUCUAGUUGGUAUUAUGGUGGGGGAGGGUCCAAAUGAGUAAAAAAUAUCUAGUACUUUUCUUAACAAUUGAGAAAAACUAAAAAUAAAUUAGGAAAAACGGGAUUUUUAAAACAAAUUAAUUUUGUUAAAUUUGUUGUAAUUCUUAAAUAGGUACCUACCUGGUACUUGAAAUGUAGAGACAUUUUAAAUUUUUGAUUUUUUUCCAUCUUGUGAACCCUUUUUUGUAUGCAAUUAUUUAUCAUCAAUUUGAAACAUUAAUUUAGUACCUAAAGGUGAACAUAUUAUAAUUAUACUAUACAGCAAUGUGAGUUCACCGGUUUUUAUUUAGUUUAGAAAUAGUUUUGAGAUAUUCACUGUAAACAAUAACAAUACGUUGUUAAAAAUUGUUUACAACCAUACAAAUAAAUUGGAGCUAAAGCAUUUCAUACAUUUUGCGGCAUGUUGGCGUCCAAUUUUUUUAAAGUUUGAUUUCCAUUUUUUGGCUUAUAAAAUUAAUGUUUUCUUGGAUUCCUUUUUUGGUUGAUACUUAACAAGAGUUUUUAUGGCCUUAAAUCUAUUAAUGUACAUUAUUAAAUGUAUCAACAAUAACUUAAGUAACAUAGACACA